ACCGUCCCUCUCUCUCUUUCGCUGGUUGUUUCUUCUCUGUCUCACAGUUUGAUGAAUUGUGCGUGAGUUUGUGCACUGGAGCUCUUCGUUGGUGUGCCCCAUCAAGUGUAUAUCAAGCGUAUGCGUGGUGUGUGUGUGUGUGUUUUGUUGAUUUGAUUUGGCAUGUGUGCGUGUAGUUGUAGUUGCCGUCCUCUUCGACGACGAUGUUUAUAGUACAGCAGAGUGUACGGAGGGUGUAUGCGUGCACGUGUGUGUGUGUGUGUUGGUGGCGCGGUGGAUCGGUGCGUGGAUGCGGUUCUUGCUCAAAGUUACCCACAUUGCUAUAGAGUCGUGCGUGCUUGCCUUUGCGUGCGUGUCGCGUGAAACGCGAAUGGGAAGCAAAUCAACGUUGUCAAACAAUGCGAAACUGAUUCCUGAGCAUAUCGUUGUGCCAAAAUUCCAAUUCCUAAGUGCGGUUAUGGACGGUGUUGAAGAAAAUGCAGUUUCCCGAUCAAAGCAUUUGUGUACACGACUGUGUGAGCAUCAUUUCUUGUAACUGAAAUGAGUUGAUUUCCAUUCAACUGUAUGUGUGUGUGAGGGUGGGAUGUAGUGCAAUGGCGGCCGAUAGUGACGGUGAUCAACAGAAACGGACAAACAGUAAUAGUAAUAGUAGCAGGCGUAGAAAUGCCGGAAACGAAGGGUACCGGAACAAAAGCUGCACCAGCGGCAGCAGUAGCAGCAAAAGCAUUAGUGGCAGUGAAAAUCAAAGCAAUAGCAGCACACUAAAGGCGGUUGUUAUAUGCGAAGGCAACUUGCAUGAUCCCGACUUUCCGACACGGCUCGAAAGCUUGGUGGAAAGUCUAACGACGCUCGUAGAAGAAAAACAACCAGACGAUGAUGGAAAAGAAAAACAGGACACCACCGGCAAGCUUACGGUCGAUAAGGUGGAACCAUGGAACAGUGUGCGUGUUACCUUAUCAAUACCCAAGGAGGCGGCGGUACGGUUGCGACGGCUUGCUGCUGAAGGAAAUAGCGCACUGCGGGCCCUUGGCAUCCUGUCCGUACAGCUGGAAGGUGAAACGGUACUGUCGUUGCGGUUAGCCGGCCAGCAGGAAAUUGUUUUGCGGACAGAUAACACUGCGAGCGAUGGAGCCGGUAGUAGCAGCAGCGGUAGCAGCGGUGGUUUAGGAGAAUUAACACGGGUUCUGUCCCAGCAGCAGCAGCAACAACAGCAUCAAGCUGGUUUGCAACACCAAACCCAAUCACAUCCUGCGGGAUUGCACCAGCCUCAAGGGGUUUAUGCCCAACCAAUACCUCCACCACAACAGCAACAGCAUCUUAUCCACCUGCAACAACAGCACCAUCUACAACUACAACAGCAACAACAGCUGCUGCAACACAAUGCAGCGGAUGGUAAUCCCGGUCCCAGUACCUCCAAGAUCGUCCACUCAAGUCUACCGAAAACACUCAGCAAUGGUCCACUGCCGGUGGACGCGGUCGGUGCCGGCAUCGGUGGUGGCGGAGGAGCAGGAGGAGGCAACGGACCUGCUGCCGUUCUGUUUAAGUCACCAAACACAAUCUGCCCGAUGGACGGUAAGGUUCCCGCCCAUGUGCCAAAUGUGGUCGAUGCCUGCGAGUAUCCCUUCGAAAGUAUGACCCAGGCAAGGGUGAUACAGCGGCGCGAGAAUACGCUCGGAUUGGGUGGCAGUGGUGGUGUGCCAGUAACGGCUGUUGCUGGUGUGGGACUAACGGCAAAACCAUCGAACGGGCCAUUUGUAGCGUCCGGUCCAAUACAACCACCGCCACCAUAUCAAUCUGCGGUAGCUGCCGGAAGCGCUGUAGCAAAGGACGGUCUCGUUGCACCACCGGCUGUGGUAGGGUCCGGUACGAUACCCGUUCCAGUGGGGACCACAGCGACUGCCGGCAACAAUGUGGCCAUGUCCAGCCCUUUGCUAGUGAACUUGCUGCAAAAUGAGAACAGCAACCCGCAGCAAACCGUUUCACCACAGCAGCAGCAGCAGCAACAACAGCAACUAAUGCGCGGAGUAGGGCAACCCAUUCUGAAACAGGAAUUGCUGAUAGCGAGCGGAACUGGAGGUGUUGGUGGUGGUGGUGUUGGUGCGGUGAAAGGUGGAGUCAUUCCAAACAUGCCGCAACAGGCAUUGUUGACGCAGCAAAGUGUUAUCGGUGGCAGUUCGGUGUCGAACGUGAGUGACAAUGAUCCGAGUGUGCACAGUGUUGUAAUGGGUGGCGGAAACCUUAAGAGUGGUAGCACUGUGAACCAUCAAGUGGCGAGUGUAAAUCAGCAGCAGCAGCAGCAACAUCUAGUACAUCAACCAGUGAUUGGCGGAGCGCCGUCGAUGGCGGCCACAUCCAUGGUUUCCGCUAGAGCGACGUCAGUUUCUGCCGUUGCUCAGCAGCAUCGGCAGCAGCUGACCUUAGUGAAUAGUAAUAGUCCAUUGCGUGGUACUGCGCCCACAACGGUGUCGGGCACAAUGCUCAGUGCUAGUAGUGGUGUGAAUAGAAUUAAUAAUAUGACUACAAUGACAGCAGCAGCGCCAGCUGUAACACCAGCGAACAACAGUAGUGACAGUAACGGUAACAAUCAGAGUGCGUUGAAUGUGUCGCCUUCUUCUCUAGUAACUCCACCAUUGUCAGUGCCUUCAAAUAGCAACAGCAGCAGUAGCAGCAACACCACCUCCACCCUGAACACGAUAAAGCUGCAACGAUACAGUCUCGUGGCGGGUCCAUCUACGAGCGGAGUAGCAGGAGGAGGAGGAGGUCUUGCAGUGGGGUUGGGUCAAGUCGUACGGGCACCACACCAGCAGCAGCAACUCACUGGCGGUGUUGUGUUACCCACUAACAAUCGAGCACCUGUGAUGGGACCGUCGCAUAGUCAUCCUCAGGGAAUGCGACCGCCCCAAUCUCCAACACCUGCAGCGUUCCAGCUGCAGGAUCAACUGCAAAUGCAGCAGCAGCAGCAGCAACCACAACAUUCCCAGCAACCGAAUCGUUUUCCGAUUCAGCAGCAGCAGCAGCAACUGGCACAACAGCAGCAACAGCUGCCGUUUCGACAGCCAAAUCCAAUGCCUCCAGUUCCACCUCAGCAGCAGCAACUGCUGCAACCGAACCAUCAGUCGGUUGGUUAUGCACAACGAUGGCCAACGCUGCCGAUGGAUUCGGCUACCAAAUCGGGCUACCAGGAGUUUGCACGCUUUCAGAUGCAGUACAAUCUCACUCAGCAGCAGCUGAACAAGCCUACUGCAGCGCUCGGACAGCAGCAGCCACAAGCGCAAUCGCUCGAGGGCGUCGUAGCAACCGCAGCUGCGUCAGCGAAUGUUGGUUCCGAUCCGCUUGAGCUGGGCAACUGUCUGGUGGAUUUGCCCGAUCUGGCGAAAAAUGACCUAGACUCGUUGCUACCGAGCGAUCUCGACAGUAGCGCGUUUCUCGACACGAAGCUGGAAGAUCUAGAGGAGCUGGAUCUAAUGGAUGAGCAGCAGCAUCCCCAUCACCAUCAUACGCUGCUCGGUGCAGGAGCACUUUCACAGUCAGGCGACAUUGCAACGGCCACGGCUGCGGGUACACUGCUUGGCGGUGGUGCAGCUGGCAAUAGCACCGUAGUGGCAGGACUGUCCGGCAUGCCGAUGGGAGGCGCACCUAGUGGAGCGUUGCUGAACGAUGUGCAAGCGCGGGAACGACGGUGGAAGGCACAACUUCUAAUCAACCCACUAACGGGCGAACUCGAAGAAACGCAGGUAGAAGAAGGCAUGGAGGAGGCGGAAAAUGGCAGUAAAGCGGGAAGGCAGGGAAAAGUGAACCAAGUGCGUGUAAACGAUUUUCCUCCCGAAGUACCGAAUUCAUUGUAUUCGGAUGAAGAUACAACUGGCAGCGUUGGAGGACUUUCGACGUCACGUUUCUUUUCGGAUGCGAGCGAUUCGGAUCGUCCUUCACCGUUGUCUGGUGUGGUGAGCCUAGAGGGUGGAAGUAGCACCAUCGGUACGGCAAUCUAUGGUACCGUGCCCGGUAACGCACCGUCUACAUCGAUCGGUAGUAAUAGCACUGGCACUAUGUCAAUGCCACUGGUGGUGGGUGCGAGUACGGGUAAGCCUGGCAAGGUUAAGAAGGAACGUGCGAAACCGGUCAAGGGCAAGGAUAAGCUAAAAUCACCGCUAGCGUCCAAGGACAAGCCGAAGGAAAAGGCGAAAGCUUCUCUCAAGACGGUCGUAAAGCAAAAGGCAAAAGUGCUUGCAACGUCAGUGCUGCUCGUCGAUGGUGCCGGGUCCGGUGAUUCGCCGAGCAAAAAUGGAACCGAACUGAAGCUUCGUUUGAAGCUAGAAAAACCGGAAUCCAUCACCUUGAGAGAAAGUAGCAGUAUACGUACAAGUGGAAUUGGCACAUUACCAUCGGCAUCGGUUGGUUCCACAAGUGCCGGUACGGCUGCCGUGUCCGUAAACGCUACGGUUCCGAUGGAUAGGUUAACACCUGAAAGUGAUGGCGCAGCGUUAUUGACAUCGUUACAGUUAAAUCCCGCCUCCCAUGUACAGCAGUCCCUUACGGCCGCAACAGUCAGUUCCGAUGCGGGAAGUAGCUCCAUCACCAGUGUAAGCAAUUUCAUCACUACCACUACGUCACUCGUUGCCAGUGCGGGUACUCCUGUGCAUUCGACUGGUAACAGCCACAGUGGUAGCGCAAACAGUAUCGGCACUACCGGCAGCAGUGUACAGGGCUCGGGUGCUAGUGCGGGGGAGGAGUUGCGAGUGCCACCGCUGCACAUAAGCUUGCGGGGGAAGAAUUCCGUCGUAAUAAAGAAUUCCCGCAAGGAUCGUAAGAAAAGUCAGAGCGGCGGGGAAGAGGACAGCAGUGACGGCGGUGGUGUUGCGAAACGAUCUUCCACCGUUAAGCGUAAUCCGAUUGAGCUGAACGCUCCACCAACCACCGGUACUGUGACGAUUGGUUCAACAGCAUCACCACCACCUGCUUAUCACAAUCACACAGGUGUAGAAGCGGGACCAUUAAAAGCCACCGGUACCGAGAUGCAGUCGACUAACGAGGGAAGUGAAGCAAUGUCCAGCUCUCAGAAGCGUUCGGCGGCGGAUGGCACGAGUGAAGGUGGUCCAACUACUACAAUUGGUGGUAGCGGCACAACAUCAACCGGCCAUUGCCCGAACGGAUACGUUUGUCCGGAAAAGAAACGAAGGCUCAGUAAUGGUGGUAGCAGCGUUAGCUUAACGGCUAGCGGUACACUCGCAUCGAGCGCUUGUGUCAACAGUGCGCCAGAAGCGAUGACCACUCCGACUACCGUCAAUACCAGUGUGCAGGAAAUAAACGAUAUCUACGAAUCGAUGGUGACGACAAGCGCUAGCGGACCGAUUGGUUCGACCAACGUCGGUACGGUACCGACGUCAAAUCUGCUCCAGUCGGCAACAAAAAACUCCAAGAGCUCCGGUGCGAAUAAUGCAAACAGCGGCAGUGGCGGCAAUAACAUAAACAAUAACAAUAUCAACAUAAACAAUAAUGGUGGCAGUUACGGUAAGAAUCAGAAAAAUCUCGUCAAAGCAUCGAUGGAGAGUGCUGUGAGCACGGUAACGGCGGUCGCUGCACAACCAGCAACCGUAUCCACGGUGCUGUGUGAUGCGGCGGACAGCAGUAGUACGAAAGAGGAACGAGCAGCUGCAUCGGCAACGGAGACAUCUACAGCAAACGCCAUAAGCUACACUACCGACAACAACUCCAUCAUUACCACCAACACCAUCAUCACUACAACCUCCAUCAAUACCACCACACCAACAUCUACCUCAAGCGAGAAAUCCUCCCUAAACGUGGAAAGCCAUCCUUCGGAGCAACAAUGCGCAGAGGAGGAGGAUUCCCAGCAACAGCAAGAGCUGAACAAAAUUAACACCAUCCUACAUCACGAUCAUCAGCAUCACCACCAUCAUCAUCCGGAUCAGUUGCAGGAACACCAUAGUAAAAAUCGACCACCGGAGCAACUGCUGGCGGACGGGCCAUUAGAAGAGGCGGAUGGGAAGGGAAACAAAACCGACAGUACUAGUACGGCAGAGGCUUCGGCAGAUGCGCAGACAGGGAAGGGUUCUGCCACUGGGUCGCCUCAUUCACCAACGAUGACAAACGCGGGAAUGGUGGGCGGUGGCGGCACAACAGCAGCGGCGAACGCUGCGGCAGGAGUAGCGGUUGGCGUAAAUCAUCAUCUACUCGGACAUUCGAAUGUUCGGGGUUCACCAGGAUCUCAGGCACAGGGUGAGGACAGUGGUAUCGAAUCGAUGGAUGCACUGUCGGAGAAAAGUCCCCACCAACUCUCAACGCACAGUCCGCAGAGUUCGCACAAUAGUGGGGCGGGCAGUAAUGGAGCAUCUGGCGGAAGCAGUGUGAUCAGUAACAGUAGCAGUAGCUGUAUUACGAGCAGUACAAAUACUAACACCCUCGAGGGAGGAAAGCAGUCAACCGUCCCGACGGUUGACAGUCUGCCGUGUGACGGCAAGGUGCUGGAAGGCAAUCGAGCCGGCGACGUUGAACAUACGCGGUCAGGAAAGGAUACACCACCCGAAAACCAAAAAGAGCUGGUCAGUACACCGUUGCUGGAUGGGAACAUGGAGGACUACAAUGAUAUUGAGGCGGCAUUAGCAAAGAUGGAAGGUUUGAAUGAUCUUGCGACUGGGAUUAAGUGUAGUGGUGCCGAUCCAAAGCUGAAUGGCGAUCAUUCCAUACUGCUCAAACCGUCAAACAUGCUCGAUCACAAUCAUCACGAAACGACGCUGGAGAACAUGGACCAGACGACCAAUCUGAGAAAGAUGUUAGACAUAGGCUUGGAAGAGGAACAAAAGCAGCAGAGUAUUAUCGACACCGGUAAACUUCUCGGUGAAGCUACGCUCGUGAAAACUGAGCCACAAGCCACUCGUCGGUUGUCGGCGGAUGAUGAACAAGCGGGUGAACAGAAGCAGCAUCAUAAACAGCAACAGCAGCAGGUGCUUUCGGAGUCUACGGCGGGCAGGAAGAAGACUGGCAAUGAAAAGCGCGAUUGCAUUGGCGGCAAAAAUAAGACGUCUGUAAAAACGUCAAGUAUCGCUGAUAGGGAAAUGCAGAAACAACAACAUCAGCAGCAGCAGCAGCAGCAACAGUCCAAGCAACAUCUUUCUCCCGUAUCCGAAACCAUCAACCAGCAGGAGAGCAAGUUGACGAUCGCUAAGGAACCAGCGGGUAAUAACAAUCACCCGGAAGAUGAUCGAAAGAUACUGCCGGCCGUUACGUCAGAUCUCGAUUCGAACGCUUGCGACGGUAUUGACGGGAGCAUCGCUGCUCCACAGCAACCUGCCGACGAAUGUUGCAACCAUAGUAAAGAUAUCCCUAGUGUGAAAAGCGAAUGUGAUAGUAAGGUAAUGAUGUUAGUGGACGAUAAACAACACUUAGUUAAGUCUGAUCCCGACGAGGCUAUCGUUAGUAGUGUAAAGAAGAGUUUAAGAAAAUCUUCUGACGAACGGCAGUCAGUUACCGUUGUCACCACAGCUAGCACACAAGCUGUUGUUGCUGUUGCUGUUGCUACUGCUUCCGUUGCUGUAAAGCUCGAACCAACACCGACUCCAAAUUCAAAGUUGGAGACGUUAGCGGUCCCGGUGGGUGAAUUGAAGGUGGAGCCCAAAAGUCCAGAUACCGCUGAGCAGCACAUCGAUCUGAAACCGCGUCACGAACAACCGCCACUGUACAGCUAUUCCAGUGAGAAAGCACGCGAAAGGCGUACGGCUGCUGCGGCCAGCGAUGGUAUACAAGCGGGAAACGGUGUUGCUAGAGGUGAUGCAAGAUCGCGAAGAAACUCUUCGAUCGCAUCAUCGUCUGCCGACGGGAGUGAAACCAAUGCUACGAUCGACUCGGAGAACGAAUCCUCUUCGGGUGGCAAAAGGACGCUAACGAACUGCGCCACGGAUGGGUUAGCCAUCGAGCAUGAGAGCGCGGGCUGUACUACACGCACUGCGAAGGCAAACGAACAAUCGGCAGCAUCGGGUAAAAGUGUCGACAGUCAUUUGCCUUCCGAACAGCAGCAGGGAAAAGAGAUGUUAACUCAACUUUCGAUAGAAAUUCCAUCACACUCCGAAAGUGGCGAGCAUCGAAUACGGACACGUGCGUCUAGCAAGCUGGAGAGCCCUCUAGAACUGCCACCACGCCAGAGUCCUUCAGCUUCGGCAAUUAUGGGGCACGAGUUGCAUGGUUCCGUACCAACUGGAACAACCAAUACCGGCACCAGCAUUGCCGGAAGCAAUGCAAUAUCAUCAGGAUCUAAAAAUGGUUCUACGGCGUUGGUUGGCAAUGUGAAACAGCACACGUCGGGACCACAAUCAUCCAAUGCUAUCGGUGGUGGUAGUGGUUCUGCAACUGGAACAACCACUCUUGGCGGUGGCAAUGAUCGUCAAAGUCCAAAAUCGACUGCAAUAUCUACGCGACCUGCGGCUAACAAACGGAAACGGCAGGGGUCGGAAAGUUCGAACCAGUCCGGUGUAAGCGAUGAUGUACCGACACGUGCCAAGAAGUCUCGUAAAGCAACCGCAGCAGCAGCAGCAGCAACCACGACGACGACUUCCGACGCGGGUACGGCCGUUUCAGAGACACCGAAGCCCGCGCUACGAAGAUCCGCGGAAAAUACGCUCGCCAAGGGUCGUGUAUCGAGAAAAACGGCUAAUGCGGCGGCAGCGGCAGCUGCUGCUGCAGCAGCUGCGGCCGCCGUCACAGCAGCACCAGCACCAACGACAACAGUCACAAUUGUUGCGGACUCCUCCGACAGCGACGAACCUUUGAUUGAAAUCGCGGGUAAAGCUCGAAAUUCUAAACUAACCUCCAAAAUCAGCUCUACUUCUACCACUAGCAAUGCUAUUACUACUUCCUCCACCACCGUACAAUCUUUUACCGCUACUUCUUCUAUUACUACUUCUACUCUCACCUCUACUACUGCUACCACGACCAUCACCAACAACAACACUUCGACUACAAAUUCUGCUUCAUCUUCCACAACUUCCUCGUGUAAAACCAUAGCAACAGCUGCUGCAGGUGAUAGAACUGCUGCUCCUCUAUCCGUCGUAUCGCCCGGUACCAGUGAAAGCUCGUCCUCAACGAACCCGUCUGCGGCAGCGAGUGGUAGUGAGAAAGAAAAAGCACAUCGCAAUCAUCCAAGUAAGAGCGGAUCGAGUGGUAAGCAGGCGGCAAACGUGAAUGCCGCAACGUCGUCUUCCAUAGCAACGGCUGAACAGCAGCAGCUGAGCACGAAUUCAGCAACGGUCGCAUCUUCCACCACAACUACCGCCAACGUUGCCGGUAGCAACGGUCCCGCAAGCAACAACAAUUCCGGUUCCGGUAGUGACACCGCUGGUGGUAGUCAGAAAUCCGCACCAAACAGUGCACCGACGACGCCAGUACCUGUUGCAUCACACGCAGGUGCGGUUGGGUCGGCUACCACCGAUGAGAAAAUCAGCACACGCCGUAGUGUACGGAUGACAUCAUCGACGCUCUCCACCGCAGCAAUGAACAAUAAGGCUAAAGCUGCUGCAAACGCACUGCUGCUUCAGAACGCCACGAGCGCCACAACGAACCACAUCGAUAGUAACCAUCACGGGCAUACGACCGUCCACAAUAAUGCAGCGGUCAGUGAUGUUGCUGGCAGUGGUUCACCCGCGGGUGGUGCAUCGGUUGGUGUAACCGGCCACGUUGGUGGAAAUGGUGGAUCCAGUGGUUCUGUUAAUGCAGUUACAUCCGGUGGACUCAUUUCGGGUGGAGCUAAUGGCAACCACACAAGUAAAGUGGCAAACCAUGUGAAUCAUCAACACGUUGGUUCGGGAUUAAAAGGAGCCGGAUCAUCAGGUGGUGUGGAUGCUAAAUCGUCCAUCUUAGCGAACGCAACCAGUGGUACGGCGGGACAGUCUGUCGAAAACAGCUCCGCUACAGAACUGCGGCGAAAAACGAGGAGUGCAGCGGGUCUCGAAGUUACCGUUACUGAGGGACGUCGAAGAAGGAUCUCCCGUGACAGCAAGUGACCAACAGCUUGCGCCUCAGCCGUUAGUGACGAUGACAAAUACUAUCGGCGUAGGCCUGAAGGUAUCACAAAUUCUUCCCACCGCUGUGUGGAUGACCAUCAUCGCAACAGCCCUGUGACGAGUUACGGCUGUACUGUUGCUAGCGAAGACGAACCGGCCACACCGGACGCUAUUGCUGUGGAAGGUGUCGAUGGCACUGAAAACGGAGAGUACUUUAGCAACCAUCAGCAGCACGCAGUGAUGACGAGUACCGUGUCUAUCGAUGAUGAUGAUCGUAACGACAGCGAUGGAAUCUGGCAUGUCAGCGGUAGUGGUAAGAACCUACAUGAUGUUGUCGACCUAAUGCAUACAGCUGAGACGCAAAUACCAUUACGGGAAACGAUGUUGAAACGGGGCAUGAAACGUCCGGAAAAAAAUGCUCAGUGCGCCGGUAACGAUGAGUCGCUGAAUGGUGGCGGUUCGUCCACGGGGUGCGUUACGGAUGCAAUGGCGAUCGGCGGUGAUACAGUUGGUACAGGUGACCAAGUACCACCGACAGCCACGAAGGAACCCGGCGGGAACGAGGAUGACGAUUCGUAUGCUAGUGAAAUUAUUCUCACCACCAAUAGUGACUGCAGUUUGGACGAGUUUGUGUCUUCGGAUGACGACAGCAAUCUGGAAAUAUCGGUGGUAACUAUUUCGCUGUAUUGAGCUGAAUUUGGGAGGGCAGGAAUGAGGUAGAACUGAAGAUGGUUUGUGACCGAGAAAAGAGACAGAACGUUUAUUUGCAUAUACGAGGGUUAAGUUCCGCAUUCUUUUCGUCAUGUUUCUUAUGUAGUGUGAUUCCGUACUUUUGGUGUAAAUUUUUUUAUCAGAUUUGCUAUUUCUUAUCUGAUAUCAUUGGUCUAGUGUUGUGUUGUGCGCUUUUUUUAGAUAUAAAUAUAUAUUUAUAUUUCUUUUUGUUACGAGAAAUUCACAAGUGUCGAUGAUUUCUCGAUGAUGUUGCAGUGUGUGGAGCAUUGUUCUCCACACCACGACGACAGCAGCUUGUUUUAUCCGAUUAAAAUAUUUUUAUUUUUAUUUCGGAAGCAUAAUGAACAGAAUAAUACACAGAGAACAGAUGGAGGAAAGUAAAAUCUUGAAACAAAAUUUAACAUACAUUUGGCUAGCAUAAUAAUGGCAGCAAAAACAUGGCUAAAACAUAAGAAUGCUGCUGGUUACAAAAAAGUGUCUUAUAUAAAACAGAUAGGGAUAAGAAUAGAAAGCGAAAAGCGAAAAAUGUUUAUUGCCAGAAGGUGCAUAAAAUGUGCAUAACCAAGAACCAAGACAAAAGGACGAAAACAAAUAGUAUCGUGGUGAUUCUUUUUUUUAUUAUUUCUAGUAUUUUGUAAUGGUCACACGAUUGCAAUCCAAAACAAACGAAUGGGAUUAUUAAAAGCCAGAGUGGGUCAAAUGUUGAUGUUACAAAAUGAGCUUUCUGUUAUUGUUUUAUUUUUGCAUUACGCUAAAAUGGGUUGUUGUAUGUGAAAGUUGACAUACAUAAAACAUAAUAAUGUUUUGAUUGUCGGUCAUGCUUUUUGUUUUAACAAACCAUUUACGUACCUGGUUUAUAAAGGGGAAAUGUACCUUGGUUAAUGUUGGCAUGCUUUGGCAAAACUCGUACCACAUGCUGGAAUCCUCAUU